AUGGAGGAUUUAAGUUGUAGAGAAAAAAUUUGUGAAGAACUCAAUGUGGGAAUGGGAGUAUGUUCUGAUGAAGAAGCUUAUAAUAUAUGUAAUACAUAUGCUCUAAGAAAAGGUUUUAGUAUCUGUAAAGGCCAUAUUCGAAAAGAUGCAUCAAAAAAUAUUAAACAGCGAGAAUUUUUAUGUUCAAAGGAAGGGUUUCAAAGGGACGAAGAUUUGUUUGAAGUGAAGAAGUAUAAUAGAUUAGAGACAAGAAUGGGCUGCAAAUUUAUGGUGCGUUUUACAGUGGAUGGUGGAAUAUGGAAAAUUUCUCAUAUUAAUACUCAUCAUAAACAUGAACUUGCAAGACCAGAACAAAGACAAUUUCUCAGAUUAGGACGUAGGGUGUCUAAUGCUCAAGCAAAUGUCAUUAAUUCCAUGGUUAAUGCAGGUAUAGGACCAACAAAAACAUACUUUUAUUUAGCAAAUGAGGUUGGUGGAGCUGAAAACAUUGGAUUUACCAAAAAGGACAUGAGAAAUUAUUUGCAAAGAAUAAAAGUUUUAUUAGAUGAGACCACGGAAUCAUUUAUUUGGUGGUUCGAGUCAUUUAAGGAGUCCAUGGGAAAUGGACAACCGAAAACUAUUUUUACAGAUGAGGACAAAGCAAUUGCAAAUGCAAUUGAAGUAGUUUUUCCACAUACGCAACAUCGAUUGUGCACUUGGCAUAUUGCUAAGAAUGCUACACAUCAUCUUAGUAGCUAUUGUGCAAAUCCAGAGAGUUCAAAAGGCAGUUUGAUAAAUGUUUCCAUGGGUGUUAUAGUGAAGAAGAAUUUCAAGUUUCUUGGGAUGAUAUGA